GAACUGUUGGAGAUGAGACCCAAUUUCUGACCGAGAUAUUUAUAGGGUGCACCGGAACAGCGUUCUCGACCGAGGUAGCUUCGAAACAUGCCCAAGUUUUACUGUGACUACUGCGAUACGUACCUUACACAUGAUUCACCAUCAGUGAGGAAGACGCACUGUAGCGGGCGAAAACACAAAGAAAAUGUGAAGGAUUACUACCAGAAAUGGAUGGAGGAGCAGGCGCAGAGCCUGAUUGAUAAAACAACUGCUGCAUUUCAGCAGGGAAAGAUUCCUCCCACACCAUUCCCAGGUGGCCCUCCCCCAGCUGGUCCUCCUCGACCUGGCAUGCUACCAACGCCCCCAAUGGGAGGUCCCCCUAUGAUGCCAAUGAUGGGGCCUCCACCACAUGGGAUGAUGCCUGGUGGGCCUGGAGGUAUGAGGCCGCCAAUGGGAGGACCCAUGCAGAUGAUGCCAGGACCGCCACACAUGAUGCGUCAUCCUCGUCCGAUGAUGAUGCCCGUCAGGCCGGGCAUGGCACGUCCAGACAGAUAGGGCCGAGGAGGCUGUGCGUGUUCUUUGUUGCCAUGAACAAACACUGUCAAGUUGAGCUGCGUUUGGAUUUUCAAUGUGACUUUUUAGCAUGUUUUUGACCUUGAAAACAAUUCCUUGGUGAUAAUUAUGUUAUUUCCAGAAAGAACAUUUUAUUUUCUGGUAUUUAUUACUUUUCAUUUAAAAUAAUUUCAGACCCUCAUAAAAUUUUCUUCUUUUUAUUAAGCAGCGUCCUCAAUUUUUAGUGUCAAGGUUGGAGUACGUCUUCUGCCUCAGUCUUACUGUUCAGCACACACAUUGAAAAACCUUGUUUGACUUUAUAUUUGUUGGUUUAUUUUUUUUUUUCUUUUUUAGGUUUAUCAUCUUUUGUAUACUUGCAUUGGUUUAGGAAAUAAAACAUUGCUUUCAAACAA